AUGCGUUACCCAUACUAUUCUCCCCCUCCACCACCACCACCUCCUCCACCGCCGCCACCGCCUCCAUGCAACCCAGUCACGCCACCACCGCCACCUCCUCCACCUCCACCCGCAUGUAACCAUGGCAUGCCGCAAUCCCCACCCCCACCCCAACAUCCAAUGCCACCAUGUAAGUGUGGGUACCAGCCCCCUACACCAACCACAACACCAACACCAGCGCCAGCUCCUUAUACUGCUUCACCUCCACUAUCACCACCGAAUGGAAAACCACCAGGCGCACAGCCACCGAAGGGAAAACCACCAGGCGCACAGCCACCAAACGGAAAACCACCAGGUGCACAGCCACCGAAGGGAAAACCACCAGGCGCACAGCCACCAAACGGAAAGCCACCAGGUGCACAGCCACCGAAGGGAAAACCACCAGGCGCACAGCCACCAAAUGGAAAACCACCAGGUGCACAGCCACCAAAUGGAAAGCCACCAGGUGCACAGCCGCCAAAUGGAAAGCCACCAGGUGCACAGCCACCAAAUGGAAAGCCACCUGGUGCACAGCCACCAAAAGGAACACCACCAGGUGCACAACCACCAGUUGCAAAACCACCUUCUCAUUAUGGUUAUCCCCCUUACGGUUCCCCUCCAAUUUAUGCCUCGCCUCCUUACGCUGCACCCCCAACUAAUGGCUCAAUCACACCAACACCACCAGUCCUGUCUCCGCCACCUUCCGGAGGCCACCACACCACCAUUAUUGCGGUGUGCGUCUCGUUGGGUGGUCUCUUCUUCCUCGCAUUCCUCGCAGCUGGUCUCUUCUGCUUAGCUAAGAAGAAGAAAAAGCCGGUGAUGGUUCCAGCAGUACCCCCACCCCUCUGUGUUGAAGAACACGAACAAAUCCGGGAGACAAUGACCACAGGGCCUUAUGGGGAGCAAACAGUUACAGGAUCAGUUGAGGACGAUGUCCAAAUUCAUCAAGCCGGAGGUCCUUCUGGUGGCCCACCUGGGGUCGCCGGAGCUUCCUCUUAUGCUCCAGCCCAACAGCAUUGCUAA